CGCCAAUGCGAUUCGCUUCGAGACAUUCACCACAAAAGAGCCACUCAAGAAUAGCCGUUCGCGAACGACCAUUCACUGGUGGAAUCGUCAGCGAGCUGUGUAGAGCUACGUGUGCAGGUUAUCCCCAAUUAAGCAGGAUUUGACGCCUUCGUUAUUUCUCCAACAAAGACACCGAUGAAAAAUAACCGAUUGAAUAGAGACCUGAGGUCAUCGUCUGGAUGAUUCUACUGAGAUGGGCCUUUUCUCUAGGUGGUUCUGAUCCAGAUGGGUCCUGUGAAGGUGAAGAAAGAGGUGGAAGAAGCAGGACGCCUAGCAUUCUGACUCUAGUCUGGAUGUAUGGACUGUAGACAGACACCAUUGCUUCACGUCAGAUGGUGUGACUCUGUCCACACUCGGUUGAUCUUACGUUAUAUAGGAGGAGUGUUACGAAGGAGUGACGCCACCUGUUGGACUCCAAACAGAAGACAAUGCUGUAACCAGACAGCUUGGUAGACACACACUCUGUGGUAUCUGGCCGGCUCUGCUGUUGUUUAGGCUCUGCUGUUGUCUAGGCUCUGCUGUUGUCUAGGCUCUGCUGUUGUCUAGGCUCUGCUGUUGUCUAGGCUCUGCUGUUGUCUAGGCUUUAUAUGGCAGAUAUUCCCUCUGGACUGCUGGAGGCUUGUGUAGUGGUUGGAGCAGCCAACGAUAAACUCAGGGAAGUCCAUCAGUCCCAUCAACAGGGCAAAAUCAAAGAGCUUCCCCUGUUGGGGGCAGAGGUACUACAGGUUCACGCCCCACCUUUUGUGACCAAGGAGAGUGUGAGUAGCGAGAUCCAUGGUCAUGCCCCGGCCUUCAGCAGGGUCCAGAGGAGGCGCUCCUUCAUCAAGAAGAAGAAGGAGAGGGCUGGAAUAGCUAACGGAGAGACAGCCAAGGGUAGCGAUGGAGGCAGCACCACCACAGAGGACAUCAGUGUCCCCAAGGACCUGGACCUCAUCGCCCUGCCUCAACUCUGCUUCCCAGGUGGUCUUCAGAUAGCCAGCGAGCAGAGAGAAGACUCGUACCAUUACCUGGUGUUUACUGAUGUCUUUGGGAACAGGACACAUGCUGUAGUGGUGCAGUACUACAGGCCUAUACAGUUUUUUCAGGAUGUUGGGCACCAAAAUGGCCACCUGUCGUCCUCCAAGUCGCCCAAUCUCUACACGGCAUACGGCAUCUGUGUUAUCUCUAAAUAUCCUUACUACAACGCUCUCCGGGACUGCCUGUCAUGUCUCUUGACCCAGCUCAAGCCCAGUUGGAUGGGGGACUUUGAGGAGAGGGUGAAGGAGUUUUCAGCCAAGCUGGCGCUGGUGCCCAUUCCCCCACCUGGGCAACUUCAUGUGGUCUUUAACCUCAGGCCUCUCCAGAUUGGGCUUCCCUCCCGGGAGGAUAAGGACCGGCCGGCUGUUGACCUAGACCUCCAUCUGCCUUUCCUGUGCUUUAGACCCCGACAGCUCCUCCAAAUCAUUACCAGCCUGUUGAUAGAGCAGAGGGUAGUACUGUUGUCCUGUGACUGGGCCCGGCUCACCCUGCUGGCAGAGAGCCUGAUGCUCUUCAUCCACCCCCUGGUGUGGCAGCACCCUUUCGUGCCCAUCCUCUCACGCCAGAUGCUGGACUUCCUCAUGGCGCCCACCGCCUACCUCAUGGGCUGUCAUCUGCACCACUAUGAAGAGGUGGCUGCGGAAACGGAUGAUCUGAUCCUGGUUAAUAUUGAUGAUGGGACCGUGUCGUCUUCCUGGUCUGAUGGGAUUGACCUGCCCGAUGUCCCGCUGGCGGCCGCAGAGUGUUUUAUAACACGGGUGGAGGGUCUCCAGGUGCACUAUGACCUGGAGGUAUGUCACCUGGGGGACAGUACAGAGGUGAAUGCGAGGAGGGCCCAGAGGAAGCAGUGGCAGAGCAAACUCAACACACACAUCCAGAACAUCACUCUGGAACUCAUCGUCAACAUCUUCAGAGAAGUCCACGAUCACCUCAACUAUGAGCACAGAGUCUUCAACAGUGAAGAGUUCCUUAGGUCUAGAGAGCCAGCAGACCAGCCAUUUUACAAGAAGGUGUUGGACACACACAUCUUCCACUCAUUCCUACGGGAUCGUCUGACCAGGAAGAUGGACGCAUUCACACGUAUGGAGCUGAGUACUCGGACAGAAGCUUACAGGCUGAGGUCCAUGACAGAGUCUCCGCGGCGGCCCACCAUGCAGGAGUUGGCCCGUAAAUACACCAGCCCAGAGAGCCGGCUCAGCAAGAGGCUGGGGGCCAGCCUGCCCAACCUGGGGGAGAGUGGGGGGUCUCUGGUGGGGCCCCUCAGGCAGACCUCCUUCAAGAACAUACAGGUGGACAGCGGUAUGAAGUCUCCCCAGAGGCCCGUGAGAUUCUUCAAGCUUCCUGAGUUCCCCCCUCCGCUGGCCUACCACUACGUCCAGAAUUACUACCAGGAGAUGAUCACCCUCCUGGGCAAGGCCAUCAGCGGGGCGGCCUCCGGGGACUCCUCUCUCCUGGCUCGCUAUCACUACCUCAGGGGCUUCGUCAACACCGUGGCUGGUAAACGCCUGGAUGCUCUAGAAGACUUCCAGAACCUCUACAAGACAGACACAGACAUCUUUCCUGGCGAGCUGGUCAACGCGCUGGUGGACUCUCUACAGGAGGGCGAACAGGCACUGGCUGACCGCCGACCCGAAAUCAAACACCUGAUUAGUCGAGUAAAGAGGGACCAUGAGAGGGAGCGGGAGCGCCAUGUCGACGAAGGUGUCAAGCGGUUCCAACUCCCGAAAAAGCACAUGCAGUUGGAGGACUUUGUGAGGCACGUGCAGGAGUCUGGGAUUGUCAAAGACCAGGGGACCAUUCACCGGCUGUUUGAGGCUCUCACUGUGGAAUGUUGUAAGAACAGCUUGGGUUGGCAUGGUGGUGGUGGUGGCUCUGCGGUGAAGGCUUCUUCCCAGUCUAUCUUUUACCUUGAUUCCAAUCUGGAGGGCCAGCAGAAACAGGUGGACCCGGAGAUAUUCCGCGUGUUCUACACCUUCUGGAAGGAGACUGAGGCCGAGGCUCAGGAAGUGGCCCUGCCGGCCUCAGCCCUGGAGCACUUGGAGGCUAAUGAGUGUGUCUUCAAGCUGUCCUCUUCGGUCAAGACCAGCCACGGCGUGGGCAAGAUCGCCAUGACACAGAGACGGCUGUUCCUGCUGACCGAAGGACGACCCGGGUACAUGGAGGUCACCAAGUUCAGAGACAUUGAGGAGGUGAAGAUCUCCUCUGCUCCCUUCCUACUGCUGAGGAUCCCGUCUUUGAAGAUCAAGACCACCCUGAGGAAGGAGACAUUCGAGGUCAACCUGAAGUCAGAGGUUGACCUCUGGCAUCUCAUGGUCAAGGAGAUGUGGGCUGGAAGGAAGAUGGCCGACGACCACAAGGACCCCCAGUAUAUGCAGCAGGCUCUGACCAACGCCCUGUUGAUGGAUGCAGUGGUUGGCUGUCUGCAGUCACAAAAGGCCAUUUUUGCUGCAACCAAGCUGGCACACUUUGACAGAAUGAAACUGGAAGUCCCGCUGAUGGUCCCUAAAUCCACGUCAGAGACCCUGAAACACAAGAUCAACCCUUCUCUGGGCCUGACCAGCCCCCAGGCAGUGGACGUUCUGCUUUACACCCCAGGCCAGCUGGGUGUGUCGUCUGACUCUGAGGGUGAUGGGAACCCCAAACUGUGGUGUGCCCUGAGUGACGGGAAGGUGGUGGUGUUUGAUGCAGCCAGCUGGUCCAUGCAGCAGAACCAAGUCCAAGUGGGAACUUCACGAGUGAACUGCAUGCUGGGAGUGGACCGGCAGCAAGUGUGGAUUGGCUCCCAGGAUUCAGUAAUUUAUAUAAUCAGCACCCGCAGCAUGUCCUGUAACAAGCAACUGACAGACCACCGCAGUGAGGUCACAGGGCUGUCCCUAGGGGAACGCAGCGAGAAAUACAGCCCCAAGCUGGCAUACUCCUGCAGUGCGGAGGGUGCAGUGAUAGUGUGGGACGUGUCCACGUUACAGGUCAGGAAACAGUUCCGGGUCUCCUGCGACCGUCUCCAGUCCGUUCAGCUCUGCAAUGGAACCCUAUGGUGCUGUAAGUACAUGUACAAGCAUAAAAAUAGGGUGCCAGAGACUGCAUUAUGGAGGUGUGGAAAAACGGAAUGUUACAUCGCAAGAUCUCCCCUUCCUGAGCAGCUCUGUGGCUCCCCAACUGCCUUCAGCAGCCUUCUGCUCUACCAUGAGAGGGAGCAGCUGUGGACGGCCUGUAUAGACGUAGGGGAGCUGUGUGUGUGGCACCUCAGGGAGCCCACCAAGCCUUUCCAGAGGAUCCAGCUGCCUGACUGUGCAGGCGUCACCUGCCUUAUCAAGGUCAAAAACCAGAUCUGGGUUGGGGGCCGAGGUUGGAGUUCGGGGAAGUCCAGAGGGAAGAUCUACGUAGUGGAUGCCCAGCGACACACGGUGGAGAAGGAGCUGGUAGCUCACACAGACUGUGUCCAGGCACUGUGCUCCGCAGAGGACCGCUAUGUGCUGAGUGGGGCAGCCCGUGAGGACGGGAAGAUAGCCAUCUGGAAAGUGGAGUAACUUGAGUGAAAAUUCAACACUGCCACCUGGUAGCUGGGGGUCGGAACAGGAUCGUGUUCAGUAGGCACCAAACGGUAGAAAACGGACUGAAACAGGAACUUGUUCAAUAAGAAACGCUCAUUUUUGUUAACCAUUGAAAAUUGUUUUGCUAAGGUGUGCCCUAAUAACCCAGGUGAUUAUGAACAGUUGGGAAAUCAACUCUUGUCAUGAUUUGUGAUUGCCUGUGGAUGGAUGACCAACCCAAAGUUCACCUGAUUGCAUAGGAUGUCUUUUAAUUGAUGGGAAUAAACUUUCCAACCUAUAGUUUUAAACGCAUAUAUCUUAUUGUUUAUGUUCAAUGGAAACUAUUUAGGUAUUUGUUUCAUUAGUCCAUUGUUGAUAUAAUCCCAACAUGUUUUGAAUAUCAGAAAUACAUUUUUCAAGAUAUUUAAUUUAAAAACUACAGAAAUACUGCCGUUGUGAUGCAUUUUUGGACUAUAUCAACAAUGGACUAAUGAAACAAAUACCAAAACAGUUUUGGGUGUCAUUUUCCUUUUAAGCGGUACACUGCGUAUUGUAUUAUUUACAUCAAAGGAGGAACCUUAGAUGUUUUUAUAUUGGGAUGCUUCACAGGUUACUCACAUCCAAAUAAGUAUUUCAUAUUUAAUGUAUGUGCUUUUUCUUCUAAAUAUGUUUUUGUAUGUUUAAUACACUCAACCCAAACUAUGCAUUUUAGUGUUGUUAAAAUGUUUAAUGUAUUUGUCUCAGUCUUCAUAUAACAUGACACAAGCUACUUCUUCUAACAUUUUAAAUGAACAAGUGAAAUAUUUUCCAUUAAUAUUAGUGUUUCUUGUAUAUUCUUUAUAGUAGAAUAUAUUGUUUUGUAAUAUGCCUUUUGCCACCAGGGGACAGUACAGCCUCUAUUACAUUUUAAUUCACAUCCCAGAACUGUCUUCUGUAAACUGUUUGAGUAGGCUACAUGUAAUAUAUGCCAUUUAGCAGACGCUUUUAUCCAAAGCGACUUACAGUCAUGUGUGCAUACAUUCUACGUAUGGGUGGUCCCGGGGAUCGAACCCACUACCCUGGCGUUAGAAGCGCCAUGCUCUACCAACUGAGCUACACAGGAUGAGAUUGAUAUUGUAAUGACAAACUAAAUACUUUAAUUUCUCUAUAUAGCGAUUUGGUGGAACAAGCUUCCCCCUAACAUCAGGACAGCCGAGUCCCUGCCCAUCUUCUGAAAACUCCUGAAAACCUACAGUACCUUUUCAAAAAGUAUUUUGAUUCAUCCCACAGCACAACAACAAUAUUAAGCUAUACUACCAUUUUUUUUAUUCUUGAGGAUUAUAACAUUUUAACCCUCUUGGCCCAUAUAUAAUCAGAUGUAAUAGUUUUGCUGCCUUCAUGCAGUAAUCUUUCUUCAGAUUUGUAUUAAAUCCUGUUACGGUGGCGACAGGCAAGCCCGUAUCUACAUCA